AUGCGACGAGGAAGCCGAUGGCCGAUUUGGCUGUAAUCCGUUCAAAACCGCCAGAUGACAGGAGCUUCGGCAUCUAAUGGCAGCAACUCAGUGUACUAACUUGAAAUAUUCCUGGUUAUGAAUCGAGGCCGAAGCCCCAGUGUGGUGCUGCGCGCACGGUGUUGACAUGUUUGUUGUUGUUGUUGUUGUUGUUGUUGUUGUUGAGGUGCGAAGCAAAAGUAGAGGAUGAAAGAACAUAGACCUUUGCAACGAGACCCGGUGAUUGCGACUCUUUCGGCAAUGGCAACGUUCUAACUCUCCGUGUUGAGGCUCAGAGGCGAAAGUGCAUCUAAUCAUUCGUUACAGUUGGGUGCCAGCACUGUUUCUCAAAAAACUUUUGGUCCUCUGCCAUAUAAAUAUACAUUAGCUGCCCUGUACGGAAACAUCUCGGCCACUUUCAGCGUCAUGCGACACAGAUGAGCAUUGCUAUAAGAAAAGCACCGAAACAGAGUCGGAGAGAAAUAAGACAAGGUGCCAAACUCUGCGAACGUAUAUCAGGAGUGUUGCAGCGCUUCAGGUCAUUGGUGAUCCAUCUCGUGCUUUGCGAUGGUCUCAUGGUCUUGCUCCCACCUCAAGUCGACUUAAAUCCAAGCGUAACACUAUGCGGAGAUUUUGAUAUACCGUAUCAACAUGUGCAUGUAAUGUACCUUGGAAACGUCAACCCUCCCGAAUUACACGUCUCCUCAUCAAAGCACUCAAGCAAACCUGGCCGUCAUGUUUUGUGCAGUCAAACGAAAGUACAGCCGAUUGCCACUAAUGAGACUAGGGCGGGAGCAGGAGCGGGAUGGGCGAGAUUGCCAAUGGAGGACAAUGCGACCAAACAAACAAGGACGCACUUUUACCGUUGCAUUCUAAACUGUCCGAGACUCGGGAAGCCCAAUAAGACGGUCGGCCCUCGGGUUCGUAGGCUGAACAAAACAGGAAAGAAGUCUCCCUUUGUUUCUCGAUCCCUGGGUCUGACUGCGUCAUCGAGGCCCGGAUCGUGACCAGCGUCGAAUGGCGUUGAGAAAAGCUCAAUCCGGCAGAAAAGCUGGAAAAUAUGACGCUGCCUUCUGAGAGGCUGACGGGGGACCGAUUG